AUGGAUGGUAAGAGAAGGGGUUUUCUCCUGGUUCUUGUCGGUAUUUUGUUUGUCUUCAUCUACAAUGAAUACCUGAUUUACUACGUGACAAUAUACACAUGGUGCUCGUGGCCUAUUAUAUCGUCACGUAAUGGGAAGCGUGAAGAAGAAACAAAGGUGAUGAUGGUAACAGACAUUCAUCUCCUUGGACCCCGUCGUGGACAUUGGUUCGACAAAUUGAGGCGAGAAUGGCAAAUGUACCGGUCAUUUCAGUCGGCUAUUUCACUUAUGCAUCCUCAUGCUGUUUUUUUUCUCGGUGAUUUGUUCGAUGAAAGUACCAUUAGCAAUCUACAGGGUCUUGAGAAUUACGUAAAACGUUUCAAUGAACUUUUCUAUGUACCCAGAGAUAUUCAAGUACAUUGUAUUUUUGGUAACCAUGACAUUGGAUUUCAUGAUGAAGUUUGUUUCAACAGAAUCAAUCCAGCUCGGCUUCAGUUCCUUUCCCAACAUUUUGCUCGGUCAUUUGCUGAUCAUAUCGUUUUAAAUGGUAACCAUUUUGUACUGCUGAAUUCUAUGACUCUUGAACGUGAUGGCUGCUACUUGUGUACUACUACUGAAUUUGAAAUCGAAAAAUUGAGUCGAAAACUUAACUGCACCAAAAAUGGUGCAUCCAAAUGUAAUGUAAACUCGAGGCCGAUUCUGCUACUCCAUUUUCCUCUGUUCAGACAUAGUGAUGCACAAUGUCCAGAUGACUAUGAUGCUGCUGUGGAACCAGCCAAAUCACAAAUCUUUACUGCUGGUAUCGACUGUCUUUCAAAUGCUUCUUCCCACUAUGUUUUGAAUAAAUUGGACCCUCGUGCAGUUUUUAAUGGUCACACACACCAUAGUUGUCGUACUUGGUGGCCAGCACCGUACAACAUGUAUGAAUGGACGUUAUCAUCCUUCUCAUGGCGUAAUAUUGUUCAGCCAGCAUUUCUUCUUGUAACGAUCACAGCCAGUGAUAUUCAGGUCAAUAAGUGUUUUUUACCUAGUGAGAAAAUAGUUGUUGGAAGUUAUGCUGUGUGUAUCGUAAGCUUAGUGAUUAUUUUAUCAUGGUCAUUUAUGUUGCGUUUUGCCCCGUAUUGGAAAUCAACUUCCUCUGAAAUUUUAACAACAAAGUUCGACUGA